GCACAUAAUAAUGGUUCUCCAGAAAUCAUCAUCAUCUAUGGUGUUUAAAGUGAGGAGGAACCCAGCGGAGCUAGUGCCACCUGCUGGACCCACCCCCCAUGAGCUCAAGCUUCUCUCCGAUAUUGAUGACCAAAAGGGUCUUCGUCACCACCUUCCAUUGGUGCAAUUCUUUCCUUACAACCCUUCAAUGGCAGGGAAAGACCCUGCCCAUGUCAUCAAGGAAGCGUUGUCCAAAGCACUUGUGUUCUAUUAUCCACUUGCUGGGAGGCUUAGGGAAGGUCCUAAGGGCAAACUUAUGGUGGAUUGCACUGGCGAAGGUGUAUUGUUCAUCCAAGCUGAAGCAGAUGUUACACUUGACCAUUUUGGUGUUGAUCCUCUUCCUCCAUUCCCUUGCUUUCAUGAGCUCCUUUAUGAUGUUCCAUUUUCUAAUGAUGGAAUUAUUAACUCUCCGCUCCUCCUUAUGCAGGUGACACGUCUCAAAUGUGGCGGCUUCAUCUUUGCUAUACGUGUGAACCACACACUGUGUGAUGGAUGUGGAAUUGGUCAGUUGAUAAAGGGCAUAGCAGAAAUAGCCCAAGGUGCAGCAAAGCCUUCAAUUAUCCCAGUGUGGUGUAGGGAGCUUCUUUGUGCAAGGGACCCACCAAGAGUCACAUUCAUCCACCAUGAAUACAAACAACUACCACUUCACAACAAAACUGUCCCCACAAAACCCUCCCAAGCUUCCUUCUUCUUUGGCCCCAACGAGAUUGAUGCAUUGCGCUGCCUCCUCCCUCGUCAUCUUGCUCAAUCUUCCACCACUUUCGAAGUUCUCACUGCAUGUAUAUGGCGUUGUCAUACAGCUGCACUGCAAUGGCAAAACCCUAACCAAGAGGUUCGCUUGCUUUGCACAGUCAAUGCACGUUUUGAACCUUGCAGGUUUAAUCCUCCACUGCCUGAAGGGUAUUAUGGCAACGCUUUUGUGCUUCCUACGGCAGUUUCCACUGUGGAGAUGCUAUGCGGAAAACCCUUGAACUAUGCAUUGGAGUUGGUGAAGAAAGCAAAGAAAGAAGCAUCUGAGGAAUAUGUGCACUCCACUGCAGAUCUAAUGGCUACUAAUGGAAGGCCUGCGUUUUCCAUGACAGGAUCUUUUAUAGUGUCAGACAUCACAAAAUGUGGGUUUAGAGAUGUGGAUUAUGGAUGGGGUAAACCUUUGUAUUCUGGAUUAGUUAGAGCCGGUAUAGAUGAUAUUUCUGGUGUGAGCUACUAUGUUCCAUAUACUAACUCUAAAGCAGAGCAUGGUAGAGUUGUUUUAAUUUGCCUGCCAUCAGAAAAAGCCAUCAAAAGAUUUGGGGAAGAGCUUAACGGAAUACUUCAGAUCAAGGAUGAAGAGAAACCUAUCUAGUCAAUGUCAUCGAAAAAAAUAUAGAUAAUUUAUAUUGAAAGUUUCAAUGUUGGGCUAUUGUGCGCCUGUCUUGGCUUGUAUGGGACGACUCUAUUUCUGCAAACAAGAAUGGAGGUACGGAGGCAAGUAGAGAUAGGGGUGGCAAUAUGCACCCUUGAGGGUGGGGUGUGGGUAGAAUUUUUGUGCGAAUCGAAAAGGGUAUAGGUCUGCUUCAACUCUAUCCGAUCUUAUAUACUUAUAUAAAGAUAUAUUUUAAGUUAAAGACUUUUUACUAAGAAGAAUGCUAGGGGGACAUCAAUUUUAGUGUUUUGUAAUCAUUAAUUGGCUAUCAAUAGUGUUUUUAAUGGUGUGAGAUUAUAUCUAACGGUGAGAGAUCACUUACUUUUGUUUUGAUGAUUAAGUGCUGCCCAAAAAAUACAAAAAU